CGGCAGUCGUACGUUAGUCGCUGCGUGGGCAAGACGUAUCGAACUGGUGUUUCUUGGACAGAUAUCGUGUUUGUGAUAAAGAUGACCGGUGACGGCGAAUAUUUGAGUGUGUGUUAAGGGGGUGAUGCACUUGCGAGGUUUGCUGGAUCUGCAGGCAGGCAUGAAGGGACAACCGGUCUGGACGACGUCCACUCCCGGAGAGCCGUUGGUGCGUGCUCCAGCUGGCAAGCCGCGAUGUCCUCCCGCCAUAUCGCGGCUGCGAGUGGAAAAAGUAGAAGGUGGUCUAGCGGUCGCUGGGGUGGUAGUUGCCGCCAAUUGCCAGAUCAUUCUUCCUAUCUUUGGGUUCCUGUUUAUGCUGGUUGGAUGCGUUCUUACUGCGGCGUCGUAUCGCGGUUGCGGUGAAAAUGAGGAGCCUGACCACUACGCAGCGAGGAUCGCGUUCACGGGCAACUCACGUGUCCUUGGCCCUGUUUGCAUUGUCGCGGGCGCUCUUAUGACAAUAGCUGGUAUUGUUUUAUGUAUGUUGAUGCGAGCCGCUCAACGCCGACAGCGAAGACUGGCUUUCCAUUGUCCCAUACACGGAGACUUCUACCCCCUCAGUCCACAGAAUAGCAGAAAAUACUCACGUAGUCCUAGUGGUCUAUACCGUUGGUUGCGUGGUUGGCUCGGUAUGAUAGAGGAGGGCGAGACACCACGCUGCCCGCGUUCUACGGAGCCCGCCUCGCCAGCACGGGCCGAUGCGCCGUGCCCGCCUCCAUUACCUUUCUUAGUACCCAGUGAUUCAGUUGUAGGAAUGGCGUCAGUGCUCGGAGCGCCGUUAAGUCCAGAGCAAACAUUUGGUUCUAUCAAAUCGCUCGCCAUUUCAAGGGAGGUAGCCAGUUUUCCACUGUCUCGAUCCCCUACUCCACCUCCUUUAAGUUAUCCAACCUUCAAAGACGAGUCGAAAACCAUCGAGAGUAUCCCGAAUUCUGUGCCCCAUUCGGACUUUGAUUGCGGGACAACGAACUGCAACUACCGUGUAGAAUGUAAACUAACGACCACAGACGAAAUAUGUCACAGUGCUCCAACUAAGAGUAUACACACAGAUAAUAAAUACACAGAUAAACAAAGACCUGCGACAGUGUGCAUCGUGAUGCCAGACGGGAAAGGUUAAAUGACAUUUACUAGAUAAUAAACAGUGUUCAAAUUUGUAAUGGCUGUUCGUUUUGGCAACUGAUUGAUUGCUCGUACUUUUUUAAAAGUGUAGCAUAUAUUUAAAGUGUGUAGGUGACUUUUGGUUGAAAAGGUAGAAGUCGUAAGAUGAGACCAUUCCAUGUGAGGUACGGAUGGUUUAUUUUUUUAAUCUGUAAUGUGGCUAUAACAAUUUUCGAUUCUGCUCAAUCACAUUGGUCUUCCGCUAUCGCUUAUUCGGUAAUUUUUAAAAGUCAAUGUUGCAGUUUUUCGUUUUCAUUUGAUGAACUUUUUGCACGAUCAAUGUAGGACGAUGACAUGAUGCCAACGCAUUUAUUUCUGAAGAUUUAAUUUCUUCAAUUUUAGCAAUAAAGUUUAACACAAUUUAAUAUCACAAUAAUUUGCUGCACAUAAUUUUCAUUAACAAUAUUAUAACUCUUUUUAAAAAUAUUUUUAAGACAAUGAAUAGAUUUAAUUGCUAACUUAACGUUAAAUCGAACCUACCCACUGUUUGCAAUACUCAUCAUAGAUUAUUAAAAAAAACACUCCUCUCUUAUUGAGUGUUUUUUUUUUAUUGUUCCUUUUUUAACUUUAUGUUAAAUAGAUAUCCAAUACUAAAGUACUAAAACACGCCUGGUUUUCGCUAAUGUGAUUGAAAACACUAAUUUGUCGUAAAGCAGGUAAGAAUCUGCGAUAAAAAAUUAUUUCGCACUUAUUUUCAUCAAACUGACAGUCUAGUCUAUAGCACCUAAUUUAUUGUAAUAGUAACAUUACCGAUGUAUUGUCUAUUAAAUAGUGGUCACGUACGAUUUUUGGCUCAGUAGAAUAAUGUUGUUCCUAAUUUGAAAAUAAAUAUUUUAGUACAUUUGUUCUUUUAUUUAAACGUAUAUAAAUUAAAUUUAAUAAAGUUUUGCUAAGGGUCCAAUUUUCCGUUAUUUGUUUGUACAAUUGACAGAAAUAUUGAUUUCAGUAGGCAUUUUAAGUGCUGUAUUAUUAUUAAUUUCUGUCAAAUAUUCUCGAGAUAAUAUGAUCGAUGUUGGUCAGUAACACUGACAAAUGUUCGCUAAGAUAUAUUUUUAUUAGAUACAGAAUUAAUGCGUGAGUAACCGUUCUAAACAUGCGGAGAUUCUACGGUUAUAUUUACGUUGAUAAUUAUUAAUUGUUUAUAAUUAUUUUACAGUCGACCAACUUUUAUUGCGUGCUUCCUAAAUUGUUAAUGUCAAAGCUUAAUACAAAAUAUACUACUUAACGAAAACGGGAAAUUGGGUCUUAAUGGCAACACUCGUUUUAGAAUAUAGAUAACAUAAUAUUACUGUCCUAGUGUAAGAAUAGUUACACGUAAACAGGUAUCUUAGUUUUAGACCCGAAUUGUGAUAUUUUCGUUUAUUUUAGCAUUGU